UAAACAAUAAGAUUUAGAAAAGAUUUCUAACUCGGAAUCCACAACCAACGUGAACCCGAAACAUGUCUCCUACCCACGAGGUUUUAGUAAAACAAUUUAAAGAAGAUAAAGUGAAGAAUGCUAACGUAAUAGUAGAUUUCCUCCAACAGCUAGAGGAUAGUGAUAAAAAGAAAGUAAAAUUAGGAAUUAUUGGUCUUAGAGCCAUUUUCAUUCAUUUACUGAAGAAUGGUGACAUCAAAACCCAUGUUGAUAUACCAGAUGACCUGAUGACAGCAAGUAACAAAUUUAAUAAGUGGUUAUAUGAAAGAUACAAUGAAGCAUUUGAAAAGUUAAUUAGUCUUCUAAGACAUGAAGUCCGUAAGAAAACUGAAGGAGGCCGUAGUUUUCCAGCUCAGAGGUUACAAGCCUUGUUGGAUGAACUCAUAUCAGAUAAUUAUGAUCACCAGAAAUGUAUAGAAAAUUUGAAAGAACAAAUAGAAUGUCAGGAUUUUAUGUUUUAUACUCUCAAGAGCCUAAGCAUCAUUGUAAAAAAGCACAACAAAGAAUCAGUAACAGAAAUAUACAUGAACAAUCUGAUGCUCAUGUUAGAACAGGUGAAUAUCCCAGAUGUUAGCGACAGCUUAAUUGUUUGUACCAAGUUGUUUAGAGAAGAGAAGGAUACAGAUGGAAACAAAACUACUUCAAAUUCAAAACUAAACUUAUCUUAUCCCAAAGCCAAGAGGGCUGUCAAUAUUAUUUGGAAUGAGGUGAUAAGUUAUCCUCUCACUGGCAAUUUAUAUCGCCGCUGUCUCAUCUUUAUUCCGGAGAAAGUAAUACAUCAUCUUGAAAAACCUAUACGUCUCACAGGGUUUUUCAUGGAUGCUUAUGAUCUAGGUGGAGCACUCAGUCUCCUAGCAUUACAAGGGGUCUUCAUCUUGGUGAAUAAGUACAACUUGGACUACCCAAAUUUCUAUCAGAAAUUGUAUGGCCUUCUAGAACCCACCAUUUUCCAUGCCAAAUAUAGACCAAGAUUCUUCAUGUUAAUGGAUCGAUUCUUGUCUUCAACUCAUGUACCUGAGUAUGUAAUUGCAGCAUUUAUCAAGCGCCUGUCUCGUUUAUCACUGUCAGCUCCAGCUUCGUGUCUUGUACUUGUUCUCAAGUUUAUUGCAAACCUUCUCAUCAGAUAUCCAGGCCUACAACUACUUAUACACAACCCGAAUGCCACAAAUCUAGAAGAUGAUCCUUUUGACCCAGAUGAGCCAGAUAUGUCUAAGUGCCGAGCUUGUGAAAGCAGUUUGUGGGAAGUUGCAACAUUACAACAGCAUGUAGUCCCUAGUAUAUCUAAAGCCACAGGGUUUUUAGAGAAAACCUUACCAGUAAUAGAAUAUGACAUCUCUGAAUUAGUUGAAACAACAUAUGAAGAGGUACAUGAAAAAUCAUGCAAAUUGAUAGUGCAUGAGACUGUGGCAACAACAUUUCAUAAACCAACUGGGCUCUUUACUUAUCAAGAUGAUAAAAUGUCAGAUGAUUGGUGUGUUGUGUGAAGAUCUAGAUUUAAAAAUAAAAG